AUGGGAGCAGCAUACCAUAUUGUCCAGGAUGUCUUAUCCGGUUACAACGGUACCGUUUUUGCGUACGGUCAAACAUCAUCCGGUAAAACGCAUACGAUGGAAGGUAUAUUCGGUGAGAAUGAUAAACAAGGUAUUAUUCCACGUAUGGUACAGGAUAUUUUUAAUCAUAUUUACAAUAUGGAUGCUGAUCUGGAAUUUCACAUUAAAGUUUCUUAUUUUGAAAUAUAUAACGAGAAAAUAAGAGAUCUCCUUGACGUAACCAAAAUGAAUCUCGCAAUUCAUGAGGAUAAAAACCGCGUACCGUAUGUGAAAGGUGCCACUGAACGUUUCGUGUCUAGUCCCGAAGAGGUGAUGGCCACAAUCGAUGAGGGAAAGAAUAAUCGUCAUGUCGCUGUUACAAAUAUGAAUGAGCAUAGCUCAAGGAGUCAUAGUGUGUUCUUGAUACAAGUGAAGCAAGAAAAUACGGCCACUCAGAAGAAACUUACCGGAAAAUUGUAUUUGGUUGAUUUGGCCGGUAGCGAGAAGGUUAGUAAAACAGGCGCCGAAGGGCAGGUGUUAGAGGAGGCGAAAAACAUCAACAAAUCAUUAUCAGCGCUUGGAAAUGUGAUCGCUGCACUUGCUGAAGGCACUAAAAGUCAUGUGCCGUAUCGAGACAGCAAAUUGACACGAAUUCUUCAAGAGUCAUUAGGUGGUAAUUCACGAACAACCAUCGUUAUCUGUUGCUCACCUGCGUCGUCAAAUGAAGCCGAAACGAAGAGUACACUUAUGUUUGGCCAGCGAGCGAAAACGAUCAAGAACGUUGUCGUUGUGAACGAAGAAUUGACGGCAGAAGAAUGGAAACGACGUUAUGAACGCGAAAAAGAUAAAGUGGCGAGAUUGAAACAGCAGCUGAUGGCCGCCGAGAUGGAAUUGAAUCGUUGGCGAAAGGGUGAAAAGAUUCCCGAAUCAGAAUGGGUGAAUUUAUUAGAAGGUGGCGUACUGAAUCUUCAACUUGCGCCUGGUUCUGAGACAUUAUCGCCAUCAGUAAGUGAAUCUGUAUUAGGUUCAUUGGAUCGUUCCAUCUCAGUUGCACAAGUGCCGCUUCUUACGUCAGCCAUCGGGGCGAUCACGGAUGCUGAUCGUAAGAAGUAUGAAGAAGAACGAGCACAACUCUAUCAGCAGUUGGAUGAGAAAGAUGAUGAAAUUACGUUGCAUUCUCAAAUGGCUGAGCAACUGAAACAGCAAAUGAAUGAGCAGGAAGAAUUGAUCAAGCAGAUCAAGCUCGAUUACGAGAACGCUCAGGCGGAAGUACAGCGAAUUCAAGGUGAGAAUGAAGCAUCCAAAGAGGAAUCGAAAGAAGUUUUGACAGCACUCGAAGAGCUGGCGAUGAAUUACGACAUGAAGACACAAGAAGCUGAGCAGAAAUCGAGAGAAAAUGACCAACUUAGUAGUAUGUUGAGGGACUUAUCGGAAGUUGGUCCGAAUUACGCAAACGCGGCAAAAUAUAAUUUCGAGAAUAUCAACGAGAAGCCAUUCGAUGAGGAAUUAUUCGCACAUACUCGUAUUUGUAUCUCAAAACUCAGCGCCGACUUCAAAUCCACACUUCAGAAAUUGAAGCAACAUGAAAUUGAUGAGCAGAAGCUGAAAGAAAGUAUGGAGUGUAAUAGGAAGAGAAGAAUUGAUAGACUAGAGAUAACUGAUCCGUUUUGUUUCACUUUUUGGGUAGAAUAUGAUUUGAAAGUAUCAAAUUUGGAAUCGGGUUCCGGUGAUGUAACGCAACGUUUGGAGACAACCGAGAAAGAGUUGACGGAGUGUCGUUUGCAAUUGCAACAAAACGAAGUGAAAAAUAAAACAUUGCAAGAGACGAUCGCUGAGCAAGAGAAAAUCAAAAGGCAACUUGAAGAACAGGCAUCGUUGCAAGAAUUACAAGUGGUCAAGGAGCGUCUUCAGUCGGAUUACGACAAACUGAAAGCAGAGGAAGGAGAACGUGAGAAACGCAUCAAGGAAUUAUCGGGUCUUUCUGAGAAGCGUGAACAGGCAAAGAGUGAUCUGAAA